AUGGGCGGCGGCGAGCUGAAAGACCACCUCCUCUGCGUCCUCCCCUUCCCCGAACCCACCGCCAUCCUCUCCGCCCUCCGCACCCGCUUCCCCGACCUCGAAGUCACCUACCUCGACGUCUCCUCCUCAGACACCUCCACCACUUCUACCGCGCCUCACAUCCCCACCCACCUCUGGUCCCGCACCACCCUCCUCUGCACAAUCACCACUUUCCCCCCCAGCGUGUCCUCCGUCCCGAAUUUGGAUCUCGUACACCUCAUCUCCGCCGGCGCGAACCAGAUCUUUGACAAGCCGAUCUGGAAAGAUUCAGAUGUCACGAUCACGACCAGUUCGGGCAUUCAUGGCCCGCAAAUCGCGGAGUGGGUGGUCAUGACUGGUCUCGUGGCGAGUCAUGGAUACAGGGAACUUUAUGAAUUGCAGAAGAGGAGGGUUUGGGGGGAUAGGAAUGGGGAGUAUAGGAAAGUGAGCGAUCGCGUGGGAAAGAGGGUGGGUGUGUUGGGGUAUGGAAGUAUUGGACGACAAGUGGGACGGGUGGCAAAGGCGAUGGGCAUGGAGGUUUUGGCGUACACGGCGGGGGAGAAGGAUACGAGGGAGAAGAAGAGGGAUCGCGGGUGGGUGGUUCCGGGCACGGGGGAUAGGGAGGGGACGGUGCCGGUGGAGUGGUGGAGUGGAUUGGAUAAGGCGAGUUUGCAGGAGUUUUUGAAGCAGGAUUUGGAUUGGUUGGUUGUCUGUGUUCCACUUACCGAGCAGACCAGAGGCUUUCUUGGGGAGGACGAGUUUCGCAUCCUCGGCGACGGAGGGGAGAGGCCCGCCUACGUGACCAACAUCGCGCGCGGACCGAUUCUACAGACGGAUGCGCUGAUCGAGGCGAUUAAGAAGGGGUGGGUGAGUGGUGCUGCCUUGGACGUUACGGAUCCGGAACCCCUGCCACGGGAGAGUGAGUUGUGGGGUAUGAAGGAGGUGAUUUUGACGCCGCAUGUGAGUGGUAGUGGGGAGGCGUAUGUGGGGAGGACGUUUGAGGUGCUGGGGGAGAAUUUGGAGAGGAGGAGGAGAGGGGAGGGGUUGAUUAAUGUGGUGGAGAGGGGGAGGGGGUAUUGA